AUGUGCCCACAGCCGGCAGGAGGACGGAGCCAGGACAGGAAAGGAGGCAGCGAUUUCAGAGUGGCGGCGCUUGAGACCUGCCUCAUAUCUUCCCCAACCCUAUUGCCUUUCAGCAUCACCAUCUUGUUCAGAGCCUGGCAGAAAUGGGUCUGGACCGGCCUGAGUGCUCCGAGUCUCCCAGGCGUACUGACAACCCUGGAUUCACUGCAUGGUAAUAAACCACACCGGGGCGCCAAGGCCGCCCAGGAGGGAGAGAAGCUGCAAAAGACGGGUCGUCUUUGCUCCUCCCUUCGCGGCCUCUUCUCAUUCUCCCCGGAGCCUUUAGCUGGCUCCUCGAGUCCCCCCGGGCAUCGGGCGUCGGGGCGGGAGGGAGACGCAGCGCGGUUAGAAUCUUCAAUCUGCAGUGAAGACUCUGGACCGUGUGCUGUGCCGGGCACUGUCCUCGGGUUCCAGGAGGACCCCCGGGACGGGCAGGCACAGGCGCCCCCGCCCCAGCGCUCACGGGCCGGCGAGGGCGCCCCAGGACCUGGCGGGUCCCAGCGCGGGACUGCGCUCGCGGCGGAGGCGCAGGAGCCGGAGGGCCCCGGGACGCGCGGGUGGUCCCCCCGCCCCGAGGAGGGUCGCCGCUACUCACGGGGCUGCCCGGCUGAAGGCGCGGCCGCAGUCGCUCCGCUGGGGCCGCCGCGAUGGCGCCUGACCGGCCGGGCGCCUGACCAAUACGGGCCAAGCCGGGGCGCAUAUAAAUAG